AUGGCUCAAGCUCAAUCGCGUGAAGACUCUGUCUACCUCGCCAAGCUUGCCGAACAGGCUGAGCGUUAUGAAGAAAUGGUCGAGUAUAUGAAACAAGUUGCUUCAUCAGACCAAGAACUCACUGUCGAAGAGCGCAACCUUCUCUCCGUUGCUUACAAGAAUGUCAUUGGUGCCCGACGUGCUUCAUGGCGUAUCGUGUCUUCAAUUGAGCAGAAAGAGGAAACGAAGGGCAACACGAUGCAAGUUGGCUUUAUCAAGGAGUAUAGAGCAAAGAUUGAGAACGAAUUGUCGAAGAUAUGUGAAGACAUUCUUCAAGUCCUUGACAAGCAUCUUAUUCCGUCUGCUGCUACCGGCGAAUCCAAAGUGUUCUACCACAAGAUGAAGGGCGACUAUCAUAGAUAUCUUGCUGAAUUCGCGACGGGUGACAAGCGUGGUGAAUCUGCUGACAAGUCUCUGGAAGCUUACAAGGCAGCCAGCGAAAUUGCGGUGACCGAGCUUGCGCCCACCCAUCCUAUUCGUCUUGGUCUCGCUCUCAACUUUUCUGUAUUCUACUACGAAAUUCACAACUCGCCCGAUAAUGCCUGCCAUCUUGCUAAACAAGCGUUUGACGAUGCGAUUGCCGAACUAGAUACGCUCAGCGAAGAAAGCUAUAAAGAUUCAACAUUAAUUAUGCAGUUGUUGAGAGAUAAUUUGACAUUGUGGACAUCUGACAUUCAAGACAGCAACGAGAAAGCUGAUGCCCCUAGAGAGGAAGAGCCGAGCGAGGUGACGGAUCAACAGUCUUAA